CUCUCGAGCGUUUGGAUCUCCGUGUCCGCAGCGGCGCUCCGUACAUGAGCAUCGACCGAAUGAACGGAGCGGAUGUCGGGCGGCGCUGCUCGGUAAUUAAACGCACCGUGGGCUCCGUCAUCAGCUCGAGCGCGUCCGCCUCAUUUAUUAUACUGAGGGGUGAGUCGGCGGCAUGUCCACCCCAGAGCCCCCGUUAGGAGGGACGCCCUGUCCGGGGCCUUCGCCCGGGCCGGGCCCGUCUCCCGGGGCCGUGCUGGGGUCCGGAUUGUCCCCCGGAUCCUCACACAGCAUGAUGGGCCCCAGUCCCGGACCGGCCACUUCCACAGGACACUCCUUUCCGCAGCAAGCGUCUGCGGGAUACAGCCAGGAGAGUCUGCACCAGAUGCACAAGCCUGUGGAGGACAACCUUUCAGAAGACGCUCGCUUCAGUCAGAUGAAGGUGGUUCCGAUGAGGGCCGGUCACAGCGGGAUGACCCGUCCAGGGAGCCCGAUGGACCAGCACUCGCAAGGAUACCCGUCUCCGCUGGGCGCUUCAGAGCACGUGUCCAGUCCCGUGUCCGCCAGCGGGCCUCCGUCCGGUGCCCUCCUGUCCACCUCCGGCUCCAGUUCUGCCUCGUUGGAGGGUGCGGACGGCCAAACCCUCACGCAGCAGAACCGUCCGGGAAACCAAAGCGCCGCCUCGGGCUCCGGCAGCAGCGCCUCGGGCUCCUCCGCCACCCCGACGCCCUUCAACCAGAGUCAGCUGCACCAGCUGCGGGCGCAGAUCAUGGCGUAUAAGAUGCUGGCGCGCGGGCAGCCUCUCCCGGACCACCUGCAGAUGGCAGUGCAGGGCAAGCGGCCCAUGCCAGGCAUGCCGCAAGGACCGUCCCUGACCAGCCUGCCGCCCGGCGGUGGAGGGGGCGCCGGCUUCAGCCGAGGACAUGGAAUGGUGGGACCCAACAUGCCUCCUCCUGGACCUUCUGGAGUCCCGGCUGGUGUUCAGGGCCAGAACCACAACGGGCCCCCUAAACCGUGGCCUGAAGGUCCCAUGGUCAAUGCGGCGACCCCCUCGAACGCUCCUCAGAAGCUGAUGCCGCCGCAGCCCACCGGACGUCCCUCUCCCGCGCCUCCGUCCGUGCCGCCGGCCGCCUCUCCGGUCAUGCCGCCGCAAACCCAAUCUCCGGGACACCUGGCCCACCCGUCUCAGCCCACCACCAUGGUGCCGCUACACCAGAAGCAGAACCGCAUCACGCCCGUUCAGAAGCCCUGUGGUCUAGACCCGGUCGAGAUACUGCAGGAGAGAGAGUACAGGCUCGAAGCUCGUAUCGCUCACCGUAUUCAGGAGCUGGAGAAUCUUCCAGGGUCUCUGGCUGGAGAUCUGCGCACCAAAGCCACUAUUGAGCUCAAAGCGCUCAGGCUGCUCAACUUCCAGAGACAGCUGCGUCAGGAGGUGGUGGUUUGCAUGAGACGUGACACGGCCUUGGAAACCUCACUGGACGCAAAGGCCUACAAGCGCAACAAGAGACAGUCGUUACGUGAGGCUCGAAUCACAGAGAAACUGGAGAAACAGCAGAAGAUCGAACAGGAACGCAAACGCAGGCAGAAACACCAGGAAUAUCUCAACAGCAUCCUACAACACGCCAAAGACUUCAAGGAAUACCAUCGGUCCAUCACAGCAAAGAUCCAGAAACUGACCAAAGCCGUGGCCACGUACCACGCCAACACAGAACGCGAGCAGAAGAAAGAGAACGAGCGCAUCGAGAAGGAGCGAAUGAGACGUCUGAUGGCUGAGGAUGAGGAGGGGUACCGGAAGCUCAUCGACCAGAAGAAGGACAAGCGUCUGGCGUAUCUGCUCCAGCAGACCGACGAGUACGUGGCCAAUCUGACGGAACUCGUCCGUGCUCAUAAAGCUGUGCAGGCCCUGAAGGAGAAGAAGAAGAAGAAGAGGAAGAAGAAGAAGCUGGAGAACGCGGAGGGCCAGACGGGGGCUCUGGGGCCCGAUGGAGAGCCCCUGGAUGAGACGAGUCAGAUGAGUGAUCUUCCAGUCAAGGUGAUCCACGUGGACAGUGGGAAGAUUCUGACCGGAGUGGACGCUCCUAAAGCUGGACAGCUGGACACGUGGCUGGAGAUGAACCCUGGUUACGAGGUCGCCCCGCGGUCGGACAGCGAGGAUUCUGGGUCCGAGGAGGACGAGGAAGAGGAAGAGGAACCUCCUCAGCUGCUGCCUUCACAAACUCCCGCAGAAGAUAAGAAGAAGAUUCCCGACCCGGACAGUGAGGACGUGUCUGAAGUGGACGCCCGUCACAUUAUAGAGCAUGCUAAACAGGACGUGGACGAUGAGUACGGUAGCGCUGUGUUUGCUCGUGGAUUACAGUCGUAUUACGCCGUGGCUCAUGCGGUUACUGAGCGGGUGGACAAGCAGUCGUCUUUGCUAGUCAACGGCCAACUCAAGCAAUACCAGAUCAAGGGUCUGGAGUGGCUGGUGUCUCUCUAUAACAAUAAUCUGAACGGGAUCCUGGCGGAUGAGAUGGGUUUGGGCAAAACCAUCCAAACCAUCGCGCUCAUCACGUACCUCAUGGAGUACAAGCGUCUGAACGGACCCUACCUCAUCAUCGUGCCGCUCUCGACUCUGUCUAACUGGGUCUACGAGUUUGACAAAUGGGCGCCGUCUGUCGUCAAAGUCUCGUACAAGGGAUCUCCUGCCGCUAGAAGAGCCUUCGUCCCGCAGCUGCGGAGCGGAAAGUUCAACGUGCUGCUCACGACGUACGAGUACAUCAUCAAAGACAAGCACGUGCUGGCCAAGAUUCGCUGGAAGUACAUGAUCGUGGACGAAGGCCAUCGCAUGAAGAACCAUCACUGUAAGCUGACGCAGGUGCUGAACACGCAUUACCUGGCGCCGCGGCGCGUGCUGCUGACCGGGACGCCGCUGCAGAACAAGCUGCCGGAGCUCUGGGCGCUGCUCAACUUCCUGCUGCCCACCAUCUUCAAGAGCUGCAGCACGUUUGAGCAGUGGUUCAACGCGCCUUUCGCCAUGACCGGAGAGAAGGUGGAUCUGAAUGAGGAGGAGACCAUCCUGAUCAUCCGCCGCCUGCAUAAGGUGCUCCGCCCCUUCCUGUUGCGCAGGCUGAAGAAGGAAGUGGAGGCGCAGCUGCCUGAGAAGGUGGAAUACGUGAUAAAGUGUGACAUGUCAGCCCUUCAGAGGGUCCUGUACCGACACAUGCAGGCCAAAGGAGUGCUGCUGACCGACGGAUCCGAGAAGGACAAGAAGGGUAAAGGCGGCACUAAGACUCUGAUGAACACCAUCAUGCAGCUGAGGAAGAUCUGUAAUCACCCCUACAUGUUCCAGCAGAUCGAGGAGUCGUUUUCCGAGCAUCUGGGUUUCUCGGGCGGGAUCGUUCAGGGGCCUGACUUAUACCGAGCCUCGGGGAAGUUUGAGGUGCUGGAUCGUAUUUUGCCCAAAUUACGGGCGACCAAUCACAAAGUGCUGCUCUUCUGCCAAAUGACGUCUCUGAUGACCAUAAUGGAGGAUUAUUUCGCUUACCGCAACUUUAAAUACCUGCGUCUGGACGGAACGACUAAAGCGGAGGAUCGUGGGAUGCUGCUGAAGACCUUCAAUGAUCCGGCCUCUCAGUACUUCAUAUUCCUGCUGAGCACCAGGGCGGGCGGCCUGGGCCUCAAUCUACAGAGCGCCGAUACGGUCAUCAUAUUCGACAGCGACUGGAACCCUCAUCAGGACCUCCAGGCGCAGGAUCGAGCUCACCGCAUCGGACAGCAGAACGAGGUGCGGGUUCUGCGGCUCUGUACCGUCAACAGCGUAGAGGAGAAGAUCCUGGCGGCCGCUAAAUACAAGCUGAACGUGGACCAGAAGGUGAUCCAGGCCGGCAUGUUCGACCAGAAGUCGUCGAGUCACGAGCGCCGAGCGUUUCUGCAGGCCAUUCUGGAGCACGAGGAGCAGGACGAGGUCAAGAGCUUCAUCCGGUCUCGACCACAUUUACGCGAACGAGAAUAUUCCGUGAGAUUGUUGUUUUUUCAGAACGUGCCGAUUAGCACGUCUACAGCUCUUCUGAUUGCUUGCUGUUUUUGUCUGCGUCCGUUUCUGUCUCAGGAAGAAGACGAGGUGCCGGACGACGAGACCGUCAACCAGAUGAUCGCCAGGAGCGAAGACGAGUUUGACCAGUUCAUGCGUAUGGACUUGGACAGACGCCGCGAGGAAGCCCGCAAUCCGAAGCGAAAGCCUCGUCUCAUGGAGGAGGACGAGCUGCCCACGUGGAUCAUGAAAGACGACGCCGAGGUGGAAAGACUCACCUGUGAGGAAGAAGAGGAGAAGAUGUUCGGCCGUGGCUCCCGUCAGAGGAAAGAGGUGGACUACAGCGACUCGCUCACAGAGAAACAGUGGCUGAAGGCCAUCGAGGACGGGACCCUGGAGGAGAUCGAGGAGGAGGUGCGACACAAGAAAACGGCUCGGAAGAGGAGGCGCGAUCGGGAUCCGGACGCCAUCCCGUCCACUUCGGGCGCUCGUGGAGGAAGAGAGAGAGACGACGACAGCAAAAGACAGAAAAAACGAGGCCGUCCACCAUCCGAGAAGCUUUCGCCGAACCCUCCGUCGCUCACCAAGAAGAUGAAGAAGAUUGUGGACGCCGUUAUCAAAUAUAAGGAGAAUAACGGCCGUCAGCUGAGCGAGGUGUUUAUCCAGCUGCCGUCACGCAAGGAACUGCCCGAAUACUACGAGCUGAUCCGCAAACCGGUGGACUUCAGGAAGAUCAAGGAGCGCAUUCGGAGCCAUCGCUACCGCAGCCUCAACGAUCUGGAGCGAGACGUGAUGCUGCUGUGUCAGAAUGCUCAAACCUUCAACCUGGAGGGAUCACUGAUCUACGAAGACUCUAUCGUGCUGCAGUCGGUGUUCACCAGCCUGCGUCAGAAGAUCGAGAGAGAGGAAGAGAGUGAUGGAGAGGAGAGUGAGGAAGAUGAAGAGGAUGAAGGCUCUGAUUCAGAAACUCGAUCCGUGAAGGUGAAGAUCAAACUGAGCCGUAAGGACAGAAGCGCAGAGCGCGGCAGAGGACGCAGGAGAACCGCGAGAACGAGAGCGAAACCUGUCGUUAGUGAUGACGACACAGACGAGGAGCAGGAGGAGGAUCGAUCCAACAGCGCCAGUGAGGAAGAGCAGGGAUGAAGAUCCACGUCAAAGCGUUAAAGAUACAAACACACCAUACAGUAGAAGAACCGAUCAUCCCAUGAUCCGCACCCAGAAUAAUCGUGCGUUCACACAUUCAUCAUUAGCUUGUGAAGAAAGAAGGAGUCUCUGUCUGUACUGAGAUGUUGUGGCUGUUGUGAUGCUGAGUCUUCAGACGUGGACGAGAUGCUGUUUAGACGUCGUCAUGUUUCUGUGACACUGAUUAUUAGACGUUGCUGUUUUAGAAGGGCACAUUUGUGAUCGUCUGUCAAAUGAUCUAGUAUAAACCCAGUAACCUGUCAGUUAAUUGCACUAGUGUGUCAUUUAGCAGAACAUUAGCAUGUACAGUAGAUGUAAUAGAUUAGAAGCAGCCUGUUAUUAUAUGCUCAUAUGAUCGUUGUUUUGCUCUACAAGCGGUGUGUGUGUGUGUGUGUGUGCGAUGUAAGACCAGUUUAAAGGCCGUUCACACACUGACCUGACGUUCACGCUUGCGUGCACUUGAGUAAAACGGUUUGGAGGUUUUUUUUGCAGACAGAAGCGCUCUGGAACAUCAUGUAAAUGUGAACUCACCCGAUCUGUGCAGGAGGACGCGGCUCGUGCUCGUGCUCUUACAGGUUAUUGAAGAGUUGCGCGUGCACUGAUUUAACCGACAGAUGCGCGGGAAGCUGCUUACUGACUGAACGUUAGGAAGGACGUUGCAAACGCACGGAAACAAAGCUUUCUCGCAGUAACCUGCGCUGGUCUGCUCUCGUCGGUCGUCACCAAAUCGUUUGCGUAGCGCUGAAAUGUCCUGAACUCUGUCGCUCGAAUCGCUGGAAAUCGCCAGCUCUGGUUGAAAAUGGCUGACGUCCGUUGAUUUGUAACUGCGGAACGAUUUCUGCGUGUACGGACGGCGACCGUUGGCGACGCGACACAGAUCCCGACCGGCAGCUGGUGAACGUUAGUGAACGGUCGGUGGAGAGACCGAAUCUCUGUCUGUGUGAACGGCCCGUUUGUGUAGAUGAGGUGGUGUUUGAUGCGUUUCUGUUUAUUCAUGUUAAAGCAGGUUUUGUCUGCUCUGGCCCUCGAGAUGCACAUUCUCGCAGAAUUCAGCUAACCUUAACUAAUCAAACACACCUGAACAAUCUAAUCAAGGUCUUGAGGAUUACUACUAGACACUUGAAGUCAGGUGAGUUUGACCAAAGUUGUAACUACAGUGGAUCUGAAGGGCCAGAGCCGAAGCCCGUGAUAAAGACCUUCAGCUGCUGCUCAUCAUCAUAUUUUAACUCUGUUUCUGGUGUUUUGAUGGCCGAUCUGCUCCGUUACUGUAGAUGAAUCCUAUUAUUCCUGAACUUUCUAGCGGCUCUUUAAUGGCAUGUGCACUUACUGUAGUGAAUGUAUGUUUGUGCGUGUAGAUUUUCACUCACUAGAUGAAACCCAAUAAACAUCACAACCUCCUGUG